AUGGGCUCAGUUUCCGUCGAUGAGCAGGGCCCCACGCUGGCCGAUGGCCACCCCUUCAAACACUUCACCAUCGACGGCCUCUUCUCGCCAAGUGAGACCUGUCUGCCUACAGCCCUGAGAGCCGAUGUCCUGCUCACAUCGUGGCUGCUUGUGCUCAUCCGGACGAGAGAGGAACGCCAGGCCUCGUUUGAAUGGGCAUACGACGGAUGGGAAGAUUGCGAAGGCGCAAUCAACCUCGAGGUACACCUUGAUGAUGGCCGCCUCGCAAUACGGCCAGUAUGGUACAGCGAGAAGGUGCUGCCAUACACAGUUGCGCUGCAUGUGGACAUUCUGGUCGACAUCAUCGAGAUUUGCCUGUCAAAUCCUGGCGCAUCCAUCCAGAGCUGCAUGGCACCAACAAGGCACGAUCUGGACUCGAUCUGGAGGUGGUGCCAUGAUCUCCCUCCCAACCAUGACUUCUGCAUGCAGGACAUGGUUGCGGGACAGGCGAAACGACAUCCAGAGAAAGUGGCCAUCGACGCUUGGGAUGGAACUUUGACGUACGGCCAAAUCGAGCUGUACUCCAACUCUUUGGCAGGCUUGCUCAGGGAGUCGGGAGUCGACACAUGA